ACGACCGGCAAAAAUAGUAACCUCCGUUGACUGAAUCGAAGACACAACUGAGACACACAACUUAUAGCCCAGACUCCAGGCAAUAUGGCGUCAAGGAGAAGCGAACACAAUGAACAACUCAAAGGCAAAGUCUGUGUCGUGACCGGAGCCAGCUCUGGGUUAGGGGAGAGCAUCGCCAUCAUGUUCGCCCAGAGAGGGGCAUCUGUCACCUUAUGUGGCCGGAAUGAGGACAGGCUGCAGGCCUCCUUGACCUUGUGUGUCCAGGCCAGUGGAGGUCAAGCUGACCGCUUUUUGGCUGUGAGCGGGGACGUUGUCGACCCCUCUGCAAGGAAAUCGAUUGUCGAGAAGACGGUAGAGAAAUUUGGACGUCUGGACGUGUUGGUGGCUAAUGCUGGUGUAAACGAUCCCAAAACUGGAAUUUUGACUGCCAGUGAAGAAACUUUUGAUAAAAUCAUGAACACGAAUGUAAAAGCAGUGUUCUUCCUGAUUCAAGAAGCGGUGCCACAUCUGGCAGCGAACAAGGGCAACAUUGUCGUUGUUUCAUCCAUGUCGUCAAGAGCAGCGAGCUCACCCAACAUAGUGUAUCCAAUGUCAAAAGCGGCAGUUGAUCACUUGACCCGAUGUCUGGCCGUCGACCUUGGACCGAGAGAGAUCCGGGUCAACGCUGUGAAUCCUUCCCUCAUUCCCACAAGAAUUCGUAGAGAAUUCGCUCCCGAUGAAGAAUCUUUGGAUAAGCACUUUGCUGAAGCGCUUGUCACAGAAAUUGCAAAACAGCCCCUGGGCAGUGUGGGCGUGACCAAAGAGGCAGUGGCUGAGGCUGUGAGCUUCCUAGCAUCGGACGCCGCCAGUUUCCUCACAGGUCUGUGUAUGCCUGUGGAUGGCGGCAGAUCUUUCGCGGGGACUUUUGGGAACAAGUCCUAG